CUUUUUUUCUGUCUCUUUCUUUCUCUCUCUCCCUGUGUGUGUGUUUAUGGAAAAAUAACUGAUAUAUUAAAAAUGUCAUUUAAUCCAAUCAUGAAUCGAUCAAAGCAAGUAUUAUUUAUUCAAAUCAUGUGUCUGUGUUUACUUGGAUACUUCCUGGCAACAACAGUAAAGGAUUAUCACAAAUACUUUAGUAACACUAAAAGUAUCCAUAGCAAUAAAUCUAGACAGUAUCCCUAUACGAUCAUUACGGGUUCAAGUGCAAACCAUUUGUGUUCUUUAGAAAGUUUCUUGUAUUCUUUAAAUGAGAUAAAGCCCACUGUAGAGGACCACCAAUUUCCAAGAGUUGUUGUUUAUAAUAUCGGGAUGAAUAGAACUCAGUUACCAGUGUUAGACCAACUUCAAGCUAAUGGACUGGUGGAUGAGGUUAUCUUGUUUGAUCAUGAACGAUAUCCUCGCUUUUGGGAUGUUGCUAUUGACGCAGGUCAAUAUGCUUGGAAGACAGGUAUAGUCAAUGAUGCUCGUGUACGAUAUGGCGGAAUUCUCGUGUGGCUUGAUGCUGGAAAUCUAGUAACAACUGAAUUUAUCCUCAAUAUUCCCAAAAUCAUCACUCAAGACUACCAAGGAUUUUGGUCACCCAAGAGUACAUCCUACAUGGGCAAAUGGACUCAUCCGGGAAUGUUUAAAUUUUUUAAAGCAAAUAUUAAAGAAUACAAGUACAAGUCUAAUUGUAAUGGAGCAGCCAUUGGAUUUGACACGACAAAUUCAACCAUUGUGAAUGAUAUCAUCCUUCCUUGGUUUGAAUGUGGUUUACAAAAGAACUGUAUUGCUCCACCUGGUUCUUCAAGAGCAAACCAUAGACAAGAUCAAGCGGUUCUUACUUAUCUUGCUUAUGCACAUGGACAUCACUGUACUGAACACAUACACAACUUUAAUCUGCAAACACAUCGUGAUGUCGCCUGUAGGUCCACUUUGAUGGAGCUUGACUUGCAAAAUAAGCUACAUCACCCGUCUACAAUAGAUUCACUAAAAUGGGAACGUGCAGAUACGAUAGAACUGUAUAACCAUCCAGAAUGGAAGUAUCCUGAGGAUCAAGUACCUGUCAACAUAAGAAGACCCAGCAUACCAUUAUAAAUACCAUUCAAAUAAACUAUAUACAUUUCUUUUCUCUUUUCCUUUAUUACUUAAACUGGUUUAGCGCACUUUCUCAGUUCAAU